AUGAGCGCCAAAAGCCGCGCCAAUGCUCGCCACCGCAAAAACCGCGCCGAAGCCAAAAAAGCCGUAAAGGCACAGUUCGGGCGUAUCGACACCAAACCGAGGGAUGUCCGCCGCCUGAAGAAGAGUGUGCGGCGGCGCGACCGCGCGGCGCGGGAGAAGAGUACGCCGAUCAUGCCGUGGCUGCGGGAGCCGGAGUACAAGGUUGGGCUAAUGGGGGAGGUGCGGAAGGCGAGUUUACUUGGGUUGCCGACGGAGUUGAGGCAGAAGGUGCUUGUUGAGACGGUGGUAUGGGGUGAGUUUGAGUGGUGUGUUAAGGAGUGGUGUGGAGUGCUGAGUUGUGUUGCGCCGCUUUUGAGGAUGGAUGUGCAGGUUGUGAAGAAAAUUUGGGAGAGGGAGAGAGAGGAGGUGAAAAGGGACGAAGUGGAAGCGGGUAGGACGUGGUGGUUUGAGGAUGACAUCAAGCCGUGUGGGUGGUCUUCGGGGAAGAAGGGUCGGGUUUCUACUGCGAUUGUCAAGAAAGGCAAACGCAGGCCACAUAAGUGCUGGCGCUGUGAGGAGAGGCAUUACUUGAAGGAAGGGCAGUGUCCACGGGCAUGGAGAGACCCGCAGAAGUGGUAUAAAGAGACCACGCGGAGGGAGACAAAGAACGAGCAAAUGCCAAACAGGAUUGUAUUCGACGACUAG